GACGUCACCACGCUCGCCAGGCUUCCCGCCCAAAAAAAAUCAGCGGCGGCCGUUCACCCCCCACCGCCGUUCCCGUCACGAGGGACAAGAGCGAUGGCGUAUUUUGAACGAGGUUCCGGUACCAGCUACGGCGGAGGUCACCCAAAGGACUACCAGCCGUACGACUCCCGGGGGGACGACUACCGCCACGGCCCCGGAGGAGGAGGAGGAGGCGCUCACCACGCGGGCUACGCGCGACCCGCCGGGUGGCGCUCGGACGACCGCGCGUACGAGCGCCACCACGCGGCGCCGUACCCAGCCAAGGCGCCCGCCUCGUACGGAUACGGGGGCCGCCAAGACUACUACGAGGGGGGCGGCAGCGGGGUCGGCGGGGGGUCCUCGUCGCGCGACUACCGGGGGCCGCCGCACCGCGCCGCAGCCUCCGGGCACGGCAGGGACUAUGGCGGAGGAGGCGGCUAUGGCGGAGGCUACGGCGGUGGCGGCGGUUCCGGCUUCAGGCGCUCCGGCUACGGGGAGCGCGAGCACCACUACCACCACCAGGAUCACGACCGCGGCGGCCGCGAGGGCGGCAGCUACCAGCGCCGCGACCGCUCCUGGUCCGGCGGGUCGCAGCCCAAGAGACCGCGUCGAGACGACAGCAGAGAGCACGAACGCUACGACAAGGAGGAGAGACACAGCAGGAGCGACCGCGACACCGAUGGGCGCAGUUUCGACCGAGAUGACAAGCACGGGAGGCAGCGCUCUGAGAAGCUGGACUACGAUGAUUCUGGCCGCCGGAUGAAGAACAGACGGGAGUCCUUCAAGCAGCAGUACUACUGCGCCGUGUGCAAGUACGGCACGGCGGAGGAGGCUGACAUCGAAUACCACCUGGGCAGCCCCUGCCACCAGUUCAUCCUGCGCCUCAUCAAGGAGGCCUUCCCUGACGAGAAGGGCAUGUCCGAGUUCCUGCACCAAUACAUAACGUUGAAAAACAAGAAAUUGGCAACUCGCAAGAAGGAGUAUGGCAAAGUGAACCGACACGAGAAGCCACAGAGCUCCAAGUCGAAGGAGGAGGAGGAGAAGACUUUGAGCGAUGUCGGCGCCGAGGACGAAGAGACAGCCGCCGUCGAGGUGGCCGGUGCCGACCCGGCACUCGCGGCCGACCAAACCGCCGCCGGUCUCCCCGCCGACGCUAAACCGCAACGGGAAGACGACGAAUCGAUGGACACGACUGGGACAGUGGUAGAGGCCUCCGCCGUUGUCGCAGCCGCCGUGACGACCGAGGUCUUGGGAACCGAAGAAGUCGCGGCCGAGGUGCCCGGCGAAACAACAACAACAACAACAACGGGGGGGAAAACAACAACAAUGGGGGAAACGACGACAACAACAACAACGGGCGGUAAAGCCUGCGACGUGGCAGACUCUGAGAGCACUGCUGUUCUUCCCGCGGAGGAGGCCGCCGCCACCACCGCCGAUGAUUCCACCUCCGCCGAACCCGCCGACGCCGCCGCCGACGAACGCAAAGAGGAGGAGGGGUCCGCGCCCACGCAGGGUGCGGAAGCGCCAGCCUCGUCGUCUUCUGUCGAGGAAGCGGCGGAGAAGCGGCCAGAGGCGUCGGCCGAAGCGCAGCAAGACGCCGAGAAGGCGCCGGCAGAAGCCACGAAUGAGGCGGGAGAGGCCGCGGUUGAUCCGGCCGAGCAGAGCUUUGACCCGUUGGCAGGCCUCGAGCUGGAGGAUCUGAUGCAGCGCGAGGAGGUGGUGGCCUGCUACAUCUGCAACGUCUACAUCCCCCUGUCGGCACACGAGGUGGAGGGCCACAUGGCGGCGACGUCGCACGUCAACAAGAGGGAGAAGUACAUGUUUGAAAAGAAGUCGGAGAUCCUCCACAUAGCCAGGAGCAUCCUCAACCAGCCGGACGUGGAGGAGAUGUUUGAGAAAUUUAAGAAGGGUGAGGACCCCUUCUCGGUGGAGUUCAAGGAGCACGAGAAGAAGAUGGUGGAGAACGCCAAGAAGGAGAGCGAGCGGAAGGCGGCCACCGCCGUCACCGCCGCCGCUGCCGCUGCUGCCAAGAGUGGCGAAGCUGAGGGGGGAGCGGCGGAGGGAGGAGCGGAGGGGAAAGAGGGAGUGGAGGGAGGCACGGGGGAGGAGGAAGCAGGGGAGGGAGAUGCGGACGGCGUAGCAGUAGCAGAGGCUGAGCCAGCAGAGGGGGCAGUGGGCGCAUCGCAGGGUGAGGGUGGUGAGGGUCGUGAGGGUGGCAAGGGUGGGGAAGGUGGGGAGGGUCGUGAGGGUGGCAAGGGUGGGGAGGGUCGUCCCAGGGGCUUCCCGACGGACCCUCCGUGA